AUGUCUCUACAGUCCUACAUUAACCAAAAAGUCCUCGUCAUAACAGUCGAUGGGCGUACCUUAAUUGGCACCCUCCUCUCCUGCGAUCAGGUCACCAACAUCGUUUUGAACGACACGGUUGAACGAAUUAUUCGUCCUGCAGAUGACCCUGAACCAAGCUCUCAAGUCAGCCAUGGUUUAUAUCUGGUCCGAGGCGAUAACAUCACAAUUGUCGGACGGGUGGAUGAAGAGCUGGAUAACAGUAUUGACUGGGACCAAGUGAGAGGAGAGGUUAUCGGGACGACGAAACACGUGUGA